AAGCUGUGUUUUAAUCGAAAAACAAAAACAACGCUGUCGCUCCGUUUAUGCCUGCGUGUGUGCGACGUGUGUUCUAUUAAUAUAAAAAUGAAUUUAAACUGCAACUAAGACACCUUGAAUGCAACGGUGCAGCGAGCACUGCAUAUGCGAGAGUGUGUCAGUGAGGGCCAGUGUGUCUGUGCGUGUGUGUGUAUACAUGUGGAUAAACGAAAAUAAAACUUCCCGUGCCGUGCCUUGUAUUGCUUUUCUCUACGUUCUGGUUGCCACCCCGCAAAGCUUGGUCCGAGAAUUGCAUCGCAACACCAAAUCUUCCACUUCCACCACCUCCUAUAACGGUGGCAGCGGCGGCACCAACAACUACUAACACCACCCUUUACAACUGUUACAAAAGAAACCCCGCAACCCCCGUUUAAAACAGCCUUGUAAUCUCUCGCAUACAGGCAGAACGUAAGUCACACACACAGACGUAAUUCCAUCUAGCCCCUGGGAUGGACAUGGACUCGGACAUGGAAAUGGAAUUGGAAUCGGACAACGAUGGCGAGUACGAAGAUGACUAUGAUUAUUACAAUACAGGCGAAGACUGUGAUGUGGAACGCUUGGACCCGAAGCGAGCCGAUCCCGAGUAUUUUGAGUACGAGUGCCUGACCGUGGAGGAUAUUGAGAAACUGCUCAACGAGCGGGUGGAGAAGCUGAACACGAUACUGCAGAUAACGCCCUCGCUGGCCAAGGUGCUGCUGCUGGAGCACCAGUGGGACAAUCUGGUGGUGGUGGAGAAGUACCGACAAGAUGCUAACGCCCUGCUGGUGACGGCGCGCAUCAAGCCGCCCACUGUGGUGACUGAUGCCGCCUCAACCAGUGCGGCGGCGGCUGAGGCCAGUGCCCAGCUUGUGAAGCUGGGCAGCAGCGGGUACAAGACGUCCUCGUCGGUGGUCAGUAUUGCCAACUCGAAUGUCCCCCAAUACCGGAGUCAGAUGUGUCCCGUAUGCGCCAGCUCGCAGUUGGGUGACAAGUUCUACAGCCUGGCAUGUGGCCACUCUUUCUGUAAGGACUGCUGGACCAUUUUUUUCGAGACGCAGAUAUUCCAGGGCAUUUCCACGCAAAUUGGCUGCAUGGCCCAGAAGUGUAAUGUGCGGGUGCCAGAGGACCUGGUCCUGACCCUGGUUAAUCGUCCCGUCAUGAGGGACAAGUAUCAGCAGUUCGCGUUCAAGGACUAUGUCAAAUCUCAUCCAGAGUUUAGGUUUUGCCCGGGACCCAACUGCCAGAUCAUUGUGCAAUCAUCGGAGAUCUCCGCCAAACGUGCCAUCUGCAAGGAGUGCCACACGGGCUUCUGCUUCAAGUGUGGGAUGGACUAUCAUGCGCCAACAGACUGCCAGGUCAUCAAGAAGUGGCUGACCAAGUGCGCUGACGACAGCGAGACGGCCAACUACAUUAGUGCCCACACCAAAGACUGCCCCAAGUGUCACAUCUGCAUCGAGAAGAACGGCGGCUGCAAUCACAUGCAGUGCUUCAACUGCAAGCACGACUUCUGCUGGAUGUGCCUGGGGGAUUGGAAGUCGCACGGAUCCGAGUACUACGAGUGUUCGCGCUAUAAGGACAACCCCAACAUUGCCAACGAAUCGGUGCACGUGCAGGCCCGGGAGGCCCUCAAGAAGUACCUCCACUAUUACGAGCGCUGGGAGAACCACUCCAAGUCGAUGAAGCUCGAGCAGCAGACGAUCGACCGGCUGCGCCAGCGCAUCAACUCCAAGGUGAUGAACGGCAGCGGCACCUGGAUCGACUGGCAGUAUCUGUUCAAUGCAGCGGCACUGCUGGCCAAGUGCCGAUACACACUACAGUACACAUACCCGUAUGCAUACUAUAUGGAGGGCAGCUCCCGGAAGAAUCUCUUCGAAUACCAGCAGGCGCAACUGGAGGCUGAAAUCGAGAACCUAUCCUGGAAAAUAGAGCGGGCCGAAACAACGGACCUGGGUGAUCUCGAGAACCAAAUGGAUAUUGCUGAGAAGCGUCGCACCACCCUACUCAAAGACUUCUUUCCCGUGGAUGCAAAAACGGCAUAGGCGGAACCAAACGCUUCCAGAACCACCAGAAGCUUGUCCAGUUUAGCACAACCCGAACUAAAUUUGAUCCACUUGGCAAGCCACACGACAGUAUAAGAGACGCUUAUUUAAUUCUAAUUAUACACAAAUACAUUAUAUACAUAUAUCCAUAUAUUCAUAUAGCGGUAGCAAAACGAUGUGUAGCUAAUUUUUAAACUAAUUGAAUAUUCACGUGCAUAUAGACUAAAGGACUUAGCAUAGAACAUAGUCGACUACUUGAAGUAUAAAUAUUAUAGUUGUGACAUUCGAAAUCACUCAAAACGAUCGAUCGGUGUAACUGCAAUACGACGCCUUGAGCGCUAAGAUUAUGAUAACGAUAUCGAUAGUAGCCAUAGCUAUUUCAGUAAAUAUAACUAAAACAAUAGAAAGAAAAAAGAAACGAAAAACAAAAC